AUGUCCGAACACAUCUCUGACACCUUAGGACUCGACACCCGCGCCGAACUUGACGCAAGGCUCGUCCAGGAAUCCCGCGGAAAUAACAACACCGUCCACGGCAUCCCACCGUUCACGGUACCCCGCGCAGACGGAACAUUAGAAGUCAGUCCAGAUAUCCGAGGCGACAUCCCCGGGACAGCAACCGCCCGCAUGAUGCGACGACGCCAACAACAGCAACAAGGAGGAAACGUAGCGCGAGGAGACCACGACGGCGACGGCAAUCAGACCAAUCUUCAAGGUUACCGUGACGGUCGGGACAAGAACAAGAAUGAGGACGGAUCAAGCGGAAACAACCGUGGUCAAGGAAAAGGAGGUUUGGCGGGUGCUUAUAUGGUCGGAUUGACGACGAGACGGCCUUUGCUCCAACGGGUGCGGAAGGCGUUCAUGCCGGCCCUUAUUGGUGGCCUGAUUGCUUGGUGGUAUGAUGCCGUCGGCGUUUUAAUCUACCGGAACGACUCGCGCAUCAAAGGAUACUUGUUGACAUUCUCCCUGCUCUGCCUAUCGACCAUGCUCUCAAUCUUCUUCUACCUCGAAUUCAUCCGCCCAAAGAUCCUCAAAAAGCCAACAGUCUACGUCAACUGGGAGAAAGAGCUCCUAUACCCUGUCCGCGUCGCAACCAUCUCUCUGAUACUAGGCACCAUUGGUGCCAAUAUUGCACUUUGGCCCGUCUGGCAUCUUUCUACGGGCUUUGUCCUCCUUGCUGUCGCCAUAGCAACCGUCAAUGUCCUCGGUAUAUUCAUUUAG